GCAACAAUAAGCAAUGUGAGCACGCUCCACUGCCGCUCGCAUAUUAGGCACGGGAACACAUAAUAACGCUCCAGCUCAUUGGGUAACGGAAGAGGAUGGAGUGACUGGUAGAACGCUGUUGGUUUAUAUUGGACGGCAAAUUGUGUACACGACCACUUACCACUGUCAAAGCUUCUCUAUUUUCUUAUCAUUUUUGAGGGACUCUGAGAAAGGUAACUACGCAGUGGAUCACUCUGUGUACGAUAAAGUCACCCUUCAGGACGAGGGGUACGGGUAGAGAGAUUGACAGCUGAGAGGCAACACAGGCUUGGGGUUCAUGGUGGCAUUGCUAGUCAGCGUCGCUAGGCAGCAAGUCCAGUGCUGAAGCCUGUGUAUAUAAUAACGCGCGUGGGUCUUUACUUUGAUCAUUAAUAGGCCGCAUCAGCUGGUCGGUAAAAGGCGGCCUUCGACUCGUAUUCAACGUGAAUGGAAAACAUCAUGCUGCGUAUAUAGACGGACCCAACAUCUCCUGUAAAGGAAUAUAAUGGAGACAUGAUUUAAUUUGAUGCGAUGUCCAACGACACUGUGGCUGCGCUGUGUCUGAUGAUAGCCUAGCCUGUGUGUGUAUAUACCUCGAUAGCACCACUUUGGUAUACACGACAAUCGCGAGUUAAAACAGGAAGAUAUGUACCGAGGGUUUGCGAGAGUGUCGAGACUGUAAUAAUGGCGUCUUCUUUGAUACACCGUCUCCUGUCUGGAAGAGACUUGGUGCCUUGUAGCGGUUCAGUGAAAUAACUCCGGUGAGGGAGAGGGGGUUAUACUCCCAAUGGGUUGUGCUUCAUCAGUCCAGGAGGAGCGGACUAGGAACGGUACGGCGGGCGGUAUACCCGAGCCGGACGCCCCGCCACCCACCGACCCCAGACUGCCCCUGACGGCCCGCCAAAAAUUCAGCCUGGAAAAAUCAUGGAAGGCCGUUCAGCGGAGCUUAGAGGCAGUCGGAAUGAAUGCUCUCAUAAGAUUAUUCAAGAGGUCGCCUGAGACACAGGACUGGUUUCCCUCGUUCAAGGGCAAAACGGAGGAGCAGCUACGUGACGAUGAUAACUUCGAGACACACGCCUCUGCUGUGAUGGGCGUGUUCGAUGAGACGGUGGAGUUACUAGGCGACGUGGAUGCAUCUAUUAAAUUACUGACUAAAACGGGUAAACGGCACGCGAAGCUGGGCUUGGAAGCCGACCUUAUAUGGACGUUUCAGAAGCCCUUACUGGAGGCGAUCGAGGAACUUUUGGACACGAGGUACAGUGAAAAGAUCGAGGAGAUCUACAAACUAUGGACGACAUUUGCGAUCGAACACAUGACCAAGGCAAUGCAGGCCGAAUCUUAAUAUACAACAGUGGAGGGGAGAUGGUUUACUCAUUGACAUCAGCAAUAUUAAGAGGUAUCAUCCUGAGCCAGACGGCUGUUUCCGGGCUGUUUCAUCCGGCCACACGUUUGGACGCAUAUUGUGGAGUUCACUCGGAGGGCAUCGGUCUUGCUUGAAAUCACGAUGUAUGGAGCGCCUCUCGAUCAAAACACACGCCCCAAGGAAGAUCUUCGAUUCUUCAAACGCUCCACGACAGCAGCUCAAUAUAUAAAAAAAAAUACACAAUUCCACGAACACCGCGUGUGCCAGUCUUUUGUAAGGUUAAAAAUAAUAGUACAUUUUAUUCUGUCCUCAAAGUUUUACCCCCUCCUCUUUUCGGGCAAUGAAUAAUGUACUGCUGCCGCGGCCAUUUGCUGUUAAUUUAUGAUAAUCCACAUGCUUCGGGUUUUGUUCACACAGCAAGUGAGUUUUGCUUAUUGUUAUCGGUAGCAGAGAUUACUCUUUUAAGCUGUUUUGAAAAUGUAGAGAAGGAUUAAAAAAUAUUCCUCGGAGGCGUAAAGUACCACUAUAUUUUCUUAAAUGCCUAUACUUAUUUAUUUUUUAUCCCUUUGUACUUGUAAGAGUUAGAUUCUUUGAGGGUCAAUGUCUCUCAUGUAAUUAGAUUUUAUUGUCCCUAGCGCUCAUUGUUGAGACUUACAAUAUUGAUCACGCCUGACAAUAACUCAUUCAACCUGUCCUUUGUGUACAAGCACUUGAUUUUAUGCAGGUUUUUUUUUUAAUCUGAUUAAGAGGUUCAUAAAUGAAGCUAUUUCAAUGAAUGAACAAUGUGCGGAGGGAAGUGAUAUUGCAAAUGACUGCAAGGAAUAUGAAAGUCGAUGCUUGUGUAUAAAAGAAAGUAGCUACUCGCUUCUUACACUGAUAUUCUUUUUGACAAGGAGCACUCACGUUAAGUUCCGGGGAGGGGAUACCCCCCCCUCAUUUUCCCCCCAAGAAAAUACACCUGAGCCUAUAGUAUUAUUGCACCUUGAAUUGAUUAAUUUGACAUUGCUACAGUAGAAAUUAUUGCGGGUCUGUAUAUUAUUUUUAUGCAAAGGUUAACAUUUAUAUUUUACAACGACAGAAGGCGCUUAGUUUGUGAAACUGAAACGUUUUUCGACCUUUCCGAUAUCGUUAGGGGAAAGUCAAACUUUUGCCCCCUCCCCUUCCCGGCUCAGAAACUAGAUACGCCGC